AUGUCAUCGUCUUCCCCGUCCUCAAGUAUUUUAUUCAGUAAUAAUGCAGCAGCAGUAGCAACAACAAUGAACAUAAAUGGAAUUGAAAGAUAUAAUAACAACAACAGUAAUCUUCGUUCCAUUAUCUCACCGCCUUCAUCGCCAAAUUUAAAUUCUGCUGCAUCCACUUUUGAUAAUUAUAUUACACAAAUUCCAGCACAUCAUCAGUUACAAGAGCAGCAACAGCAACGCUAUAAUGCUACGGCUCAUCAACUACAAUACAAUCCUUAUCCCGCGUUCACCUCGCCCGUGAAACCUGAACCAAUUUACACAACAAACACCACUGCUAUCAAACCAGAGCCGAUUUAUCCAAUUAAUGCAACAAGAACUCGAUCACCACCAAUUGUUAUUCCUCAACCUCAACAAGGAAAUUUAAUCCAUCCAAUUGCUCAUCAUCCUGGAAAUUAUCAAUACUCCAGACAACAACAAUAUUCUCUUCAACCGUUUGAUCUUCAAAGAUCGUCAUCGAAUUCUCCCUCCUCUUCAUCUUCUAAUAUUAGCCGUAAUGCACCCGUUAAACGUAAUCCGUCAUCAAAAUCAACAAUGAAUGAACAAUCAUUAUUGUCCUCAACAAUGAAUAAUGCUCCAACAUCAACACCUCCAACAUCAAAUACAAAUCGUUAUCAAUGUACAUAUUGCUAG